ACAACUCAAAUAUCAAUGGUUCGAAAAUUACAUAUCGAAAUCCAGUAUUGAAUAUGCAUAAAUUCUUAAAUUAGUAUUAAUUUUUAGAACUACUAUGAAGCAAUCAUAUUCAUAUCAUUGUGCGAUCUAUAUGAGACUGGUCCCUUGAAAAUUUUAGCCCGACUAACCGCUAAGUUUUAAAAUCCUUUCCAAUCCGGCAAAGACAUGUCAACAUAUACCCUCUACACAAUAUAUAAUAGUGCAAUGAAAAAAUUGUUGCCCCAUUUCAAAUUUCCUACAGCGAGAGUGAAAGUAUGAAUGAUAUUUUUGUUUUCACAAUUAUUUAUCUUUAUUAUUUAUAGAAAAAUAGAAAAAAUUGGGAUUUGAAACAAUGUGUCUUAAAACAAAGACAAGACUCAUAACCAUGUUUGUCAGCCCGAGUUUGACUCGGCCGGUAAAGCCAAUUAUUCACAAACCCGAGUAUCGCACUGUGCGCGGAAGGCCCAAUCGGUUAUCUACUUGGGCUCGGCCAAACCCGGAAAACCCAAUCAAAUUGAGAAAUUCGACAUAUUCAACCAACUGAUCCGAGCACCGAGCCACUUCAAAACGACGUCGUUUUCAACAAAUCAUAUGCAUAGCUACAUUGUCGUGGCAUCCUUUUCCUUAUCACAAACCCUACAUCAACGACCAUAAAAAAGACAUCCCAUGUUCGACUAUCUCACUGUCUCUUUUUCUUUUAGGUUUGACAGGCGACAAUCCAUGGUCAUCCUGGUCCUAUUUCAUCUUAUCUUCUAGAGAAGGAGUAGUAUUCAGCCUGACUGAUGAGACUACUACAAUCCAGAUUGGAGAAGGAGAGGAGUGCCAUUGGUCUUGUGAAAGAGAAGUAGAAGGAGAGGAGAAGUUGAUGAGAAUUGAGCAGAAAGAAGAGUUAAGAGUCGGUGAAUAUAUGGAGGAGCCUAACUCUUUAACUCUAACUCUAACUCUAACUCUAACUCUCUAAGUGCACGUUCGGAGUUUGGGGAUGCAAUUAAUUUAAUUGUAUUUAAUCAAACAGUUGGGGAGCUAAGCAGUGGUGGACGGAGAAGAAAAACCAUCUCAAACCAUGCAAGCGCCUAAUGCUCUGCUUCUUCAAGUGAGCCUCUGCCACACGUUUCUGCUGCUUUUUCAAGUGAGCCUCUGCCACACGUCUCAACCCUGUUAAUCAAUUGAUUCAGUUGCGAUGUCAACAAGUGCAAUGCGGAGUUUCCGAACCACAAGAGACUGCAAAUUUCUCUUCAGUACAUCCAUGGAAUCGGCCGUAGUAGAGCUCAUCAGAUUCUGGUGGACUUGAGUAUUCAGCACAAGCUAACUAAGGACUUGACUGGUGUGGUGUAGAACUUAAUGCGCUUAAGGACGAAGUCUCUAAGUACUUGACUGGAGGAGAUUUAGUAAGCUCUUAUCCUGUGCAAUCUUUUACUUGGCUUCUCUUAUCCGAGUUCUUCUCCCUGAACACUUCACUGUUUGAUGAUGGUGUCCAGAAACGAUGUGUUAGUGGCGAUGUACAGAAGUUGAUUGACAGUGGUUGCUACAAAGGGAGGAUGUGUUAGAACACCGUUCAGAAUGAGCUGUACUGAAUACCUUACCUUUCGAGUUUCGACCUUGUGGCUUUGAUGUCAUGCAAUAACCAUUGUGGGAACUGAAAGCAUAGUGCGAGUGAUUAGCCUGUUCUAUUAGAUUGAAAAACCCACUUGCAGUGCAGUGCCUAUGAAGAGAAACACCAGUUGUUUUAGGGUUUAGUUUUGUGAGUGUGGUAGCUCUUUGAGAUUGCUAUAAUCAUUUCCAAAUAUUAUUCUAUACAUGUAGUAAUGAGAGAGCUGGUUGAUUCCUUUUCCUUCAUCAUGGCUGUGCUUCUGAGUUCUGAAUUAUUGUUCGGUUGCUGCUCGGAGAUAAUGGGGGAAGAAUGGCGGAUGCAGCCUGCAGAUGGGCUUUCUUCCCGGAGUAUGGGCCUGGAUAAUAAUCUGGCCACUCGGGAACGAAUGUUUAACUACGUGCAAGGCCCAAUUUGGCCCUCAGCGGUCAGCCAUUCCCGUUAUGAACUAUACAGUUUUGGCCAGUACUACAGUGCCGCUAUUAAAAGUGCGGCACCGGUGCCGCUAGUUUUCCAUUUGUCCACGUAUUGUCCGUGUGGCAUUGGUCCUGGAAAAUUAUUAGUUAAAAUUAGCAAAUCGUAAGUGUUUACCCAGUUCAGUCCUUUUAGGUCGAACCAGGACUUCUUUCUGGUUCUUUUCCUUAUUUUAUUAUCCCUCGGAGGAGAGAAAGCAAUUCCAUAAAAGAACCCAUCCUCCCCUCGAUUCCCCUCUCUCCGUCAAACUAUCAAGGAACAAGACGUUCCGGCCAACUACUCAGCCGUCAUCGGAUCUAUUCUCACAAUCACCCUUUCUGCUUUGCUUCCCUACAAUUCCACGCCGCCGCCGGAUCCUAUAUCCACUCUAUCAUUUUCAAUUAAUAUCCAUUCUCCUCGAAAUCUCUCUCGAGUUCCCCAAUCGAACAGAUCGUGAACUUCGACUUCUUUUUCCUUUUUUGGGUGAUGAUACAUUUGGCGUUGGUUGGUGUUCUUUUCUCCAAACAUUUCAGCCGUGUCUUUAAUUGAAGCGGUAAACUUGGAUCUGCGUCUACCGUCUCGAGUCUGUAUAAGUCCUUGUUUGCCAUCUUGACCAUUUGACUUGUACCCCUUGCCUAACAAGAGACUUCUUGUUGUUAAUUCUUAGUCUCAUGUUUCGUACAUAAGUGAGAAGACUGUAGAAGCUCUGCUGUAUUGGUUAGUUGUAUUGUCCAUUUCACAUUUUCGCAUAUAGCCUGGCCAUAAAUAGCAAAUUAUGGUAACCUCUACUUAUCAUCGAUCUAUGAUAUAAGUUCAACUCCUCUUAAGCAUCUUACAUAGCUAUAAUUUUUAAUUUAUGUGGCACAGCAGGUCUUGAUUCACUAUCUUGGCAGUAUGAUCUCAUUCAAACCAGGCAAAAAAAGAGAAACAAACAUGACAGGAUCAAUGGCCUAUGGAUUCAAGCAUAGCGUGCCAAACGAAUAAACAGGACAGAGCAGAAUUGCAAGAGUAUUUAGAUCGAGGGAGAUAGGGGCAAAACAAGGGAGGAAGAAUAAGGAAAUUGGGGAGCGGUAGGGAUAUUCAGAUCGCUGGACAAUUCGACGACGGGGAGAUUAGUCAAGGAAAAUAGUCAAGGAAUAUAGUGUAGGGUUAAUUGAAGAGAUUGUAGAGGAGUUUGGUCGUCCGCACUCCGCAGAGCAUAUUGCUGGACAAUUCGGCGACGGGGAGAUUUAGGGGGACGACCGGUUUCUACCUGGAGCCUAACCAAAGUUCUUGGGUCGGUCAAUAAUAAAUUGAAGCGGGUAAAGGUUUACAUAUUUCGGUUAGCGUCCAAAACUAAUGCCAUAUGGACAAAUAUGUGGACCAAUAAGAACUUGCGGCACCCGUACCGUACUUUUAAUAGCGGCACUGUAGUGCUGGCCUACAGUUUUGGUUCUUAAACUAUUCCUAUUUUCUCGAACCAAUCCUUUAGUUAGUUUUGGGGCGGGAAACGGUCACUUCUCCCUAUGGGAUUGUGAGAUUCACAACCAAGUGCAUUUUGGUAUGACAAAAAAACAAAUUUAUUUAUUAAUUUUUUUGUAUUAAUUACAUAUUGGAAAUUAAAAACCCAUAUUAAAUACAUGCUUUUUUAAAUAUAAAUCCUACAAUAAAUAUUACUCUCUCUUCCUAUCUCUCUCUUCCUUUCUAGCAGCCCACAACCACUCCGACCGGCUGACUUUGCGACUGACACACUUUCUCCGGCGAAAUCCUUGAAUAAGACUCGCUCCGACCACCUGCAAAAAAUUAUCGGUCCAUCAGUGCGCUAGUUGUACGCUAUCGCUACCACUGGUACCACUACCAGUAUAGCGGUACAACUACCAUCUGGUAGCUGGUAGUGGUAGAGUACCAUUGUCAUUUGGUACCAUUACCUGGUAGUGGUACGCUACCACUACCAGCUACAAGAUGGUAGUGGAAGCGUACCACUCCACAUAGUACCACUACCAAUAGCAAAAACAAGAUCUAAAAAUCAAAAAUCUCAAAUCUGAAGGAGAGGAGAAGAGAUGAGGCACAGAGAGGCAGAGGGACUCACACGAAUAAGAGAUCUGAAAAACGAAAAGAUGAGGCAACGACAAGGGUGGAGGGCGGCGGAGGAUUGUAGAGGCGACAACCGCGGCAGAGGUUGUGGAGGGUGGAGGGUGGAGGGCAGCGAAGGCUGUGGUAGGUGGAGGGAGGCGGAGGCCGGCAACGGUUGUGGUGGACGGAGCCACCAGUGGAGGCCAGUAGCAGUCACGUCUGAUAGAGAAUUGGAGGAGGGAGAGAGGGAGGAGUUAGGGUUUUCUUUAUUUAUAUGGGAGGGAGAAUAAUUGGGUGUGGUAAGAUUUUCCAUUCCAAAAAUAUCCUUUGUUUAAUCCUAAUCAUCGAUUUGAAAAAAAAAAGACAGAAGAGAGAGCGUAUCCAAUGCUUAGAAAGUGGGUUGUGACCGUAUCUCAUCCCGUUAGUGCCAUCCAAAUCCUAUUAUCUUUGCAGACUACUUAUAUAUAAAGUGACUUUGCCAACCCUUUCCAAAAUUAUCCAAAAUUAUUCAGAGAUUAUGGUAAAAGCAAGUGCCGAUUGUGUCCUAAUCAAGAUAAUGUCGGAAUACCAAACCUCUCUUGACUCAGUGAUGCGACAAUACAUAACAAAAUUUACUACACAUAUUGAAAAAGGUGAAAUAUUUUGAAAAGUUUGAAGGAAUCAACAACAUAUCUUUUAUUGAUCAACUAAAACUCCAUGAUAUAACAUAUGCUAUCAAUUUAUAAUUUUCUAUUAUUGUCUCGUGUAUUUUCAAUGAAAAAGAUUAAUCAUU